AUGCGGCCGCGGCCCCUGGAGCAGCUGCUGGGGACCCUGCUCCUGCUGCUGGUGACAACAGGUGGUCAGGUGUCAGGUGACACCCGCGUGGUGGGUGGCCACGCCUGCGUGCCGCACUCCCAGCCCUGGCAGGUGGCCGUGCUGGACAUGUACAAACUCUACUGCGGGGGGGUCCUGGUGGCACCGCGCUGGGUGGUGACCGCGGCGCACUGCACCACACCUGGCGUCACCACGGUGGCCCUGGGCAAGCACCUCCUGUACGGGCGCGAGGCCGGCGACGAGCGGCGCAUGGUGGCCCGCAUGGUGGCCCACCCGGGCUACGACCCCACCACCAAGGACAACGACAUCAUGCUCCUCAAGCUUCUGACCCCGGCCACCAUCUCGGAGCGUGUCCGGCCCAUCCCGGUGGCCUCCUGCCUGCCCCGGGCCGGCACCUCCUGCCUGACGUCGGGAUGGGGGGCCACCACCUCGCCUGAAGUGACGUACCCCGAGGUCCUGCAGUGCGUCAACGUCACGCUCUUCUCGCCGGCCGAGUGUCGCCGUUUCUACCCCGGCUCCAUCACGGACAACAUGAUCUGCGCCGGGAACGUGCGAGGGGGCAUGGACUCAUGUCAGGGCGAUUCCGGCGGCCCCCUGGUGUGCGACGGGAACCUCCAGGGCAUCGUCUCCUGGGGGAUGGAGCGUUGUGGACAACCCCGGCGUCCCGGCGUCUACACCAAGGUGUGUCGCUACGCCCGCUGGAUCCAGGAGACCAUGGAGGACACCUGAGGAGGUCCCGACCACCUCCAGGAGAACGUGGAGAACGUCUGAGGAGGUUCCACCAUCUCCAGGAGAACGUGGAGAACGUCUGAGGAGGUUCCACCAUCUCCAGGAGAACGUCUGAGGAGGUUCCACCAUCUCCAGGAGAACGUCUGAGGAGGUUCCACCAUCUCCAGGAGAACG